ACGGACGAGGGGCGGAUGCGACGCGCAGUGCUCCUCGCGCAGGAACGGAGCGGUGUUCACUCGGCAGCGCGCCGCGGCGCGACAUGCCCAGCUGAUGUUUAUUUAUACCGCGAGCUCGGUGGAGGGUGCGCGCGGGAGGCCCUCCCCUCCGCGGCACCACGGCUUCGCGUGAUGCAGCCGAGCGAGCUAGCCGAUGCCGCGCACGCUGCUAGCGGAAACCCCCCGCAGCGCGGCCUCAACGGUGGCCGAUUCGACUUUGACGAUGGUGGUACAUAUUGUGGUAGUUGGGAUGACGGCAAGGCCCAUGGCCACGGAGUGUGCACUGGGCCUAAAGCCCAAGGAGCCUACGCCGGUUCUUGGAACUUCGGUUUUGAAGUAUCGGGCGUCUACACCUGGCCCAGUGGGAGCACUUACGAAGGACAAUGGCAGAGUGGAAAACGGCACGGAUUGGGUGUCGAAAACCGCGACCGGUGGAUUUAUCGCGGUGAAUGGACACAAGGUUCCAAAGGCCGAUACGGCGUACGACAGAGCACAAUUAGCAACGCCAAGUAUGAAGGCACAUGGGCUAACGGAUUUCAAGACGGCUACGGCUCUGAAACAUACGCCGAUGGUGGCACAUAUCAAGGACAAUGGAUGCGAGGGUGUCGUCAUGGAUACGGCGUCCGUACAUCAGCACCUUUCGGGCUGGCGUCGCAUUACCGGGCCGCGUCGCGCCAUCACCGCGGCUCGAUGUCUUCGCUCACGGAAGUGGGCAGCGCCUCGGAUCCUUCGGAAAGGCGAACCAACCGUAUGGACGACGCCCGGGGUGGUUUCGUGUUGGCGCGCCGCUCCGACCGGCCCUCGGGCAGACGCGGUUCACUUUUCGAGAACACGAAAAAGGGACUGUUUACUAGGCUCGGCAAGCCGCGCAGUGCGGGCGACUUGGACAAGCACGGCGGUGGCUCGGUUCGCUCCGGCUCGGGGGACUCGACCACCUCCUGGGUGUCCUCCGUAGAGAGCACGCACUCCGCUAUGACCCAUGCCUCUCAGCACACUAAUUCGAACACGAGUUUUAUGGUUGAGGAUGAACAUUUGGAUGCCAAUAUCAUAGAAACAUAUAUGGGUGAAUGGAAAAAUGAUAAACGUACUGGUUACGGCAUCAGUGAACGUAGCGACGGUCUACGAUACGAGGGUGAAUGGUUCGAGAACAGAAAAUACGGAUACGGCGUCACAACUUUCCGCGAUAACACGAAGGAAGAAGGCAAAUACAAGAACAACGUUCUCAUCACGAGCCAAAAACGCAAACACAUGUUCCUGAUGCGCUCUGCCAAGUUCAGAGAACGUGUCGACUCAGCAGUUAACGCUGCACAACGAGCCUCAAAGAUAGCGUUGCAAAAAGGGGACAUUGCAAUUUCCAGAACCGCUACAGCACGUGGUAAAGCCGAACAAGCGGAUGCAGCCGCAGACCAAGCAAAAGAAGACUGUGAUAUAGCGCAAAUGACUGCGAAGCAAUUCGCACCAGAUUUCAAACAUCCUGGUUUCGACCGAAUAGGAUUAAGAGAAAAAUACAGACAAAAGGCUUACGACGCACAAGUUGCACCACCCGUACCGCAAGAAUCUGAAAAGAUCUUGGACGGAAAGAGCAUUCCAAAUCAUAUCCCUCCGACGCACUCACAGCUUCCACAAACAAACGCCGUACCGAACGCAAUGCCCAGAAGACUUUCUACGCAAUAUCCUAAAACUACUGGUAAUCAACCAGUUGACCCACGACUUGCAAACAGUUCAAAUUACAAUUCAGAUAACAGAAAUCUUGGACCACCACACGACCCAUACCAUUCCUCUCAACAAGAUUCAUGGCCUACAAAUUCACAGUCAUAUAUUCCGGACACACACAAACAGUAUGUACCAAAUGAACAAAUGAAUACUUAUGGUACCGGUUCUCCAGGUGUACCACCAAACCCAUCUGCCCCAUAUCGUCAGAACAGGCAAGAUUCAAUAUCUCAACAACAAAGUUACGAUCAGAGCGGUCAACCAUUUACGAAUCAAGGUCGGAGAUUGUCGUCAGCAGUUAGAGCCACGGCAAACCAACGGCCACAACAGGAUUGGAACGCUCAACCCCAAACUCAACAAGCAACAAGGCGCCAAAGCGUUCUCGGUCAACCUACGUAUGAUACGCAAGCUAAUACCUACGUUGACGGUCGCACCGAAUUUCGCUCGGGAACGGUACACUCUGAAGGUGCCUUGCUAGAUAACAAGCAACCUGGACCAACAGAACCGCAAAACUAUCGGCAAAACUAUGACCAAGAUAAUAAUAUGUAUAGACAAACAACGCAACCAGAUCAAGCAUAUAGACAAGGAACGGUCGACAAUCAAGCCUAUCGUCAAACACAUCCCUCUGAACAGGACGCUAUUAAUGGAGCACGGGAUAACCGACAACCAGGAACACGUCCUUCAAUCGAUUACUUUGAUCACUAUAAAAGACCUCCAAGCCGAGACUCUAGUGUGGAUCGAUACGGCAGACGAUCUCGACAGCCUUCGGUUGAUGCUACCGCACCGAAUCCAAGUUCACGUAGUGGUUCAAUUGCCCCACAAACGAUAUCACGACCUCCGUCAAGGGCAGCUACACCAGCAGGCAACGGUCAUUUAGCGUCCGGUCGUGGUUCGAUUUCAAGAGCCAGUUCUAGAGAGCAUCACGCAUUUGAAGAUUCGCUCUUACGAAAGCGAACACUCGGCCAGGAAAUAUCUCCUUCUCCGUACCAACCAAAAAGGACGGAAAGUUUAUACGUAGCACCUAAUCCUACUCCACCACCACCCAUUCAACGAGCAGCAGGAGGAGGAGGAGGUCGCAAAAUGCUGAGCACGCCGCAGACGCUUCAACGCAAGAAGUCUCUCCCGGAUGUAGCGAGUAUGCCGCGGGCGGCGGAGACCGGUAUGUCCCGCGAAGAGGUAUCGGCGCUAGGAUCCGCGAGACGCGAGGAAGUGCGCCGCAUGCACGAGGAAUCGGAAAAACUGAGGGCCAAUCCUCUACUCUACUUGGUCAGUCCGCAAGUCAAGGACUGGUUCUCCCGACAGCAACUGGUUAUCCUUGUACUGUUUAUCAAUAUCUCUCUGGGCAUCAUGUUCUUCAAGCUGCUCACGUAGCGUCGGCGGGUGGCGCCCUAGGGCGCCUGGUCAAUUUCUUCACAAAUCACUUCUGCCCUUCAGGGUAAAAAACCGUAAAUUAAUUAUUGUAAAUAAUUGUUAUUGUAAAACAAUUUUUCCAAUCCGUUACUGUUACACAACAUGUAAUAUCUUAAUAUAACUAUAUAACGUGAACAAAAUUAUCAAAAGGAUCCUUUUUUUCAUCUAGGACUUAUUUUGUUUACCAGUGACUUUUGUUUACCGUUGUGUAAGUGUGUUUUGAAUUGAAUAAAAGUAGUGUUACACUCCUAUCCUGCAAGGUAUCGGCAAUAUGCAGAUUUAUGAGAGAGUGCAUGGAACAAUAAUGUGCCCCAGGACGAAACUACGGAUUUGUGAGAGUUACGUGGACCUACAAAUUGUAGGUUAAUAUAUUAUCGUUAAUUUCAUUGUGUACAUUUGAAUUACUGAAACCCUGUAGAAAGUAUUUUAACAUUUUUAUCCUGAACUGCUAUUUGUUAUUUUUUUAUUUAAGAGAAAUCAAAUUAAUUACGUUGCUCUAUUUAUCGUUGCCUUCGACAAAACCCUUUACGUUAGGUACUUAUAUCAAUUUUGUUUUAAUUUUGUUGUUUAGUUCAAUUUCAUGUUAUCCAAUUUGUAAAACGUUAAAGUGUCUUUGGAAAAUACAAUUUAAGUGGAGAAAGCAAAGACAAAAUCAGAUACAAGUAAGCAACAAGGAUUCUAAAAUUGUUUUAGAGUCUUGUUCCAAGUGGUGUUUAAUACGUUGUUAACUGUAGCAUAUUUGAAAAUUAAGUUUUAUAUUACGGUAAGUGAUGGAAGUGAGCACAAACUCAUGAUAUUUAAUGAAUGAUACGCAUAACAUAUUCAAUGAUUCUUGUAAAUUCAUCAAACAAAAUAUUCAAUUAUUUCAUUUUGUAAAGUAGUAAAUUAAAUUUACGUAACUACAAGUAAAACUCUAUAUAAUAUUAUAUUGCUUGCAAGAUGAAAAUUAAGCAUGUGCAUUAUUUUCCUAUUCUAGAAAAUAUAUAGUACCAAGUUUUUAUACAAAGUUUCUAUUAUUUUUUACCUCAGAAGUCAAUUUUCGCGAAAUUAAUAUAUGUACAUAUA